UUUCGCAAUUGCCUAAGCGCCUGGGGCGGUUAAUAGGGAUAAUACGGUAAGUGGUAUGGCAUUGCUGUUAUAAAUGUGAGUGAAUAUAAUAUAAAUAUAAUGUCCCGUUAUGAAUUCAUUGUUUGUUCCAUCACUUAUCUCCCCUCUCUUUUUGUAGAUACUCAAUCCGGACAGGUCCUACCAGUGUCAAAGAGGAGAUAUGAGGAAGCAAAUCUUGAACCUGAAAUGGGGAUGGAAGCACCAUCAUCAUCUGGUUUCUGCCAACCAGAAAAAGCUUUAAAGACUAUUUCAGCUAACAGUCUUUCUGCCAGCAGCAGAAUCUCAAAUGACAGAACUGCCAGUAAAAGAAAAGACUCCACAGUGAAGGAUCCAACAAAAGACAGACUUAUGGAAAUUGAAGAGGAGAAGUUGGUGAUAAUGAAGGAACACCUUAAGAUUGAGAGAAGAAAAGUGGACAUCUUGGAAGAUUACGUUAACUGGAGAAAGAAGAUGUACACAGAGGGCAUGGAAAAUACAUGUACACCAACCGUAUCUCCAAUAAUCAGAGGGCUUUUCACCUCAUAGGCUAAAAUGAGCUUUUCUGAUCACUUAUUCUCAGUCCGUCUGUUGAUUUACGUAAGGGAUCACUGUCUAGUUAGGAUAGUGUGCCAAGGCAUCAACAAUAGUUAGAAGCAUGGGAUAAUUUUAUGCAUAAACUGUAGUUGAUGUCCCUGACAUACUAUCCUAACUAGACAGUGAUCCCAUAUAUUUUCAUUUCAUUGUGAAAUAGAAUUUUACAUUUAGAUUUUAAAAAUAUAGACCAAUAUAUUUCAAUUACACAAGGCCUCCCAUGCCAUUUUAAAUAGCCCUUGCCCUCUGACUUCAAACACAAAGUCGUACAAGAUUUACAAGCUCCUCAGCUCCUGACCUAUCAAUUUGCCUGGUAAUAUACAUUCUUGUAGAAUUGUCAGGAAAUCAACUCCAAUAAAUUUCAGAGUCAUGAUAUUUUUUCUGUAAGCUUAUGCACUUAUACAUAAAUCAAAGUUUUGCACU